CGUCUUUAACGGUUGUAAACAUUUCGAAAAUGCAACAGUUAGCAACAUUGUUUUUGUACGCAACAAUGGCCUGGAAUUUGCACGUCCUGGUGGAUUCCCAGGGGCGUCCACCUUCUGUCUGUGUCUUAACAGAUGCACCGACUCAGUGCGGCUCCUUUUGCCACGCCGCACUACAUCAUCUAUUUGGUGACCUAGCCGAUCUGCGGGAAAAGCUUAACGCUAUGGCACAAGAAACAAAAUCAGUGAUGGCCAAAAAUCAACAAGAAAUUAAAGAAAUGUUUGACAGCAUUAGAAUAGAAAUCAACUCUAGGUCCAACAACACUAACACCCAACCAAAGGCGCUGGAACCCAAGGUGGAAAGAAGACGACCAUCCUUGCAGCAAGAUCCAUUUGUGCCUUCUCCUCCGAAUUCCGGAGAAUACGUGACCGCAAUAGGAAUGGACGAUUUCGACGUCAUUUUUACAAAAUAAUCAUUUGUCGAUGCUAAAAAUCAUUGUAUUGGAUUAGGUGGAAAACUGGCAGAUAUGCCAGACAUAAAAGAAAUAGAAAAAUCUAUGCCGAUUGUUGAUUUUGAAUGCACAACAUCUGCUUUUUGGCUGGACAACACCAAUCAUGAUUUUUUUUUCUUUACCAAAGAUUUCUGAACCACCCUGCCGAACGGAAAAUAAAUAAAUAUAAUAUGUGAAGUUCACAUUGUGAACAUUAUUUUUCAAUCCUAUAGUCUGCCUGAAUAAACAGCAAAAUCUCGGAACCUGUAAAAACUAGAAAAAUCAGACUGGUAAUGAAUUUUAGGUAUCUCGUAGUCGGUGCACCAGAAUUCAGCGACUUUCUUGUUUUAAAAAUGUUCAAACAGGUUCCAAACUCAGUUUGUUUGAACUAGUAAAGCAAAUAGCAUCGGAUCAUGCCGCAAGCUAAUCUAAGCUUAAGUCCUCACGACCAGCAAGUGCUAGAUUCCAUCUUCAAUCCCCUCGAGCUAAGCAGCAUCAAUACGCAAGGAUCAGUUCCCGCUGAAAACGAACUGAAGGAUGUGGAACCGGACAACGAAGCCAUUAGAGCUUCCAGGGAGCUGGAGCUUAAAGCAAUUGACUUAUCUGAAAGGGGGGAGAUAGAUAAAGCCCUUGAUCUAUUCAGACAAGCACUAGAUUUGGCUGACAGAGCUUCUGUGCUGAAUAAUCGUGCUCAAACACUUCGUCUGGCAAAACGCGAUGAGGAGGCCCUAGAUGACUUGAACAGAGCUCUGCAACUGGCCAAUGAUCAGCAAAUCCGCACCAAAUGCCACGCCCACUGUCAGCGAGGAGUGUUAUAUCGAAAACUGGAUAAUUUGGAUGCCGCGCGUGCUGAUUUCGAGGCAGCAGCACAGUUGGGCAGUAAAUUUGCCAGGGAACAGCUGGUAGAAAUCAAUCCAUUUGCGGCACUCUGCAAUCAAAUGCUUCGCCAGGCCUUCGAUCAGCUCAAGUAGGAUGAUCAUAGUUCGGUUUUUAUGAAAAAUAAAUUAAUUGUUCAGACUAAGGCACUUUGAUAUAUAAUUUAAUUGCAAUGUGGACUCCAUAUUUUCUCUAUAACCAUGCGUGUUGUAUUUUAUAAUUCUACUAAAAUCUAUAAUUUAUAUAAUUUACAUAAAGCUAUAAUUUACA